CCUUCCUCUCACACACGAUUCAACUCUUGACUACGCCUCCUCUGUUUCUUACCCAUUAAGCGGUGUUUUGCUGGAGAGGUCGAGGACUGCUGUUUUUGACGGCAGAGCCUUGUCUCUUAUUUCGACGUUCCUUCAAAGCAACGAGAAAGACAUGCGUUUCAAACCGUCUCGAGACCGACUGUACAGCGCGCGCUGCUGCGGCUGCUGUCACGUGCGGACUGGAACCAUCAUUCUGGGCACUUGGUACAUGGUGGUGUACCUGUUGAUGGGUAUUCUAUUGGCUGUGGCAGUAACUCAUCCUGAGAACGUCCCUACAUUUGACCUGCAGUGUGAAGUUAUUGAGCAUUACUUUGCCUCAGACAGGAUGUCUGAGAAUGCUUGUGUGGGCUUUGCCAUUUCUCUCCUGAUGCUUACUAUCAGUGCCAUGAUGGUGUAUGGAGCUAUUACUAAUCGAGGUGGCUGGCUCAUCCCAUUCUUUUGCUACCAGCUGUUUGACUUUGCGCUGAGCUGCCUGGUAGCUAUCAGCUCUCUCACAUACCUGACCAGGAUCAAAGACUACCUGGACCAGCUGCCGGACUUCCCCUACAAGGACAACCUGCUUUCUCUGGACUCCAGCUGUCUCCUGCUCUUUGUGCUCGUCUUCUUUGCCAUUCUCAUUGUCCUCAAGGCUUAUUUGAUCAACUGUGUGUGGAACUGCUAUAAGUACAUAAACCACAGGAACACUCCAGAGAUUCCCUUCUACCCUGCUUUCGAGACCCCAUCUCAGUACAUCCUUCCCACCUAUGAAAUGGCUAUGACAAUGCCAGCGAAGGAGCCGCCUCCGCCUUACAUGCCUGCUUGAAUUCCCCUGACUGGGUUUUUCAGUAAAAGCCAGUGCAGACACCCAUCUUUGCCUUUCGAUCCUACUUUCCAUUUCAAAACAUGGAAGGUGUUUAGACUCCCAGCGUCUACAUGUUUCUCACAUCAGCAGCUUACAUAUUGCAAAGACUUAACCUCAACUAUUUAUUUCACAUGACUCUCAUAACAGUUCAUCACUGCAGAUAUAUUUUUGUAAAACCAUAGGAAACUUUUGAAAAAGACAGUGUAGUGGUAGGGAUUGGUGGUGGCAGGAUUUAUUUUAAUUACAUAGUGGUGUAUCUGAGAUAUGAGAUGCCAUUCUCUUUUGUGGACAUCAUGACUCGGGCUCUGCAAUAAAAUUGUUUUUACAACAGAAUUAGAUAGUUAAUUCAUUGUCAAUCACUAAUGAAGUGGUUCUGUUGAGAUGAGGCAAGUAAUCUGCCAUUUGAAACUUUUACCAUUGAAAGAUUUCACAGAGUGUUUAUUUAUCCAUGCUUUUUUUUUUUUUUCUCCUAAUGUUUUAGUAGAGGAAGUAUUGUGAAAACAACACUGCCAUAACACUUGACAGAGCACUUGCUAUUAGAAUCAAAACCCUUGGCUAAUAAAUCUGUUUUGUUUAGACAAAUCCAGUGUGAUGGCAAACAUAUAUUUUUCCAUUGUGUACUUAUUAGUGAACGUAUGACAUUCAUCCUUUCAAAAGUGAAAGAGCUCAAAGAACUUUUUGUCUUGUUUAUAUAAUUAGUGUUGUUUUCCAUCCAUCGAACCCUUGUGCACCAUCAUGUUAUCAGCCCUCAUUGUGAUCUGUUUAAAUGGAAACUGCUGGACAAUGCUGUUUAACACGCAGCUGGUAAGAGGAAACUUUCCUCUCUUGACAGACAAAUGUAUAGAUAAAAAAAAAAAAGAAGGAAACUGCUGAUGCUGUUUAAAUCAAUGGAUGCAUGUUUAUUUUAUUUUGUGGUCUGUUUCUUUUCUUUUACAUGUUCUGUAAUCUAAUUACUUCAAUAAACAUUUUAAAACAA